AUGAAAAUCUAAGAUCCUUUUAACAGAUCAUAUUCGAAUCAAAUAAGUAAUGAUCCCUUUAGCAUUCUGAAAUCCAGCCAUAUCCCUCCUAAUAGAAAUAGUUAAAGAAACUAUUGCCAAUAUGAGUUAUAGGGUUAACACACAUAUUUUAUGCAGUAUUAUAGGAAAAGCAAUCUAUGCAAGUGUUUGGAUCUAGUUCAGAACAUGACUCACAUAAAGGAUUACAAAAAAACCCAUAUACUUAAAAGUUUCUUAUUCUUAUUUUAUUUCCUAUUGAAAAAGGUGUAAAUUGAAUGGAAAUGAAAAAAUUAUUUUAUGGAAUUGAUAUUUUUGGAGUGACUAUUUUUGAAAAUUCAAAUGGAUAUUCUCCACCAUAAUUUCGACAAUUUCUACUCUGUUAUAAUAAUUUAUCCCCUUAUUUUUAGAUUUCCAUUAAUAGAGUUGAUAUUUCGGAUUAUCCAUUAUUCUAAAUAACAUUAACAGUAACAGUUGAUGAUGAAGAAUCUGAGAUAGGAAAAUCAUAAUAUAUAUCGAAAAUGACUUAGACCUUCUAGACAGAAACUGGAAUAGAUUUCAAAAUUAAAUCAUUAGAGUUGUCAAGUACUAUUUGUUAUUCUCCGUUGGUAUUACAAGUUGCUAUUUCAACACCACUCAGUAUCCAGCCAUCUUAAGUUAGCGUUAGAGUUUGAUCCGUUAGGCUAGAAUCAAUUAGUUUCCACUGAGCUAGUGCACAUGACAUC